CAGCGAGCCAAUAGCGAAGCCGAGCGAGAGCAGGCUGCCCGUCGGCCAAUCGCCGGUCGCGACGAGAGCAAGCCAUCCCACAGACCAAUCUAUGAAUGCAAGUGGGGCAGGGCGCCCUAUCAGAGCCUCCGAGGGGCGGGACGAGGGUCGCAUCUCUCCAAAUGGCGCACACCCUUGGACGCGGCGCCGGAGGCUGGUGCCGGCGGGGUGCCGGCGGGGUCCCGGGAGAGAGCGCGGAGGGUUUGCCCACCCGCCAGCUUAGUUCUGUUUCGCUGCGUUUUGAGCCAGGGGCGGGGCGAGCACCGCUCAGCCAAUCGGAGGCAGGGGUGGUGGUUUCAGGGGCGGGGUUGGCUUGCUCUCAGCCAAUCGGAGGCGGAGGUGGCCCCGAGCGUCGCGGAUCGACCGAGCGGCGGACGGACGGCUAGCGGGAGACGGUCGCUGGGCGGUGAGAGGCGGCUAUGGCGACUGCGAUGGCAGCGACAGCGGUGGAGCGGGCAGUGCUGGAGGAGGAAUUCCGCUGGCUGUUGCACGACGAGGUGCACGCCGUGCUGAGGCAGCUGCAGGACAUCCUCAAGGAGGCGUCCCUCCGUUUCACUCUGCCAGGCUCAGGCACUGAGGGGCUGGCCAAGCAGGAGAACUUCAUCCUGGGCAGCUGUAGCACAGACCAGGUGAAGGGCGUGCUGACUCUGCAAGGGGACGCGCUGAGCCAGGCGGACGUGAACCUGAAGAUGCCCCGGAACAACCAGCUGCUGCACUUUGCCUUCCGGGAGGACAAGCAGUGGAAGCUGCAGCAGAUCCAGGAUGCCAGAAACCACGUGAGCCAAGCCAUUUACCUCCUCAACAACCGGGACGAGAGCUACCAGUUCAGGACAGGAGCAGAGGUCCUUAAGCUAAUGGACGCCGUGAUGCUGCAGCUGACCAGAGCUCGCAACCGGCUCACCACCCCAGCCACCCUCACUCUGCCUGAGAUCGCCGCCAGUGGCCUCACGCGGAUGUUUGCCCCUGCCCUGCCCUCUGACCUGCUGGUCAAUGUGUAUAUCAACCUCAACAAGCUCUGCCUCACCGUGUACCAGCUGCACGCCCUGCAGCCCAAUUCCACCAAGAACUUCCGCCCAGCUGGAGGCUCUGUGCUCCACAGCCCAGGGGCCAUGUUUGAGUGGGGUUCCCAGCGUCUGGAGGUGAGCCAUGUGCACAAGGUGGAGUCUGUGAUCCCGUGGCUCAACGAUGCCCUCGUCUUCUUCACCGUCUCCCUGCAGCUCUGCCAGCAGCUCAAGGAUAAGAUCUCUGUGUUCUCCAGCUAUUGGAGCUACAGGCCUUUCUGAACAGAGCACCCAAGAACCUGUCCCCUGAGAAGUGGCGCCUGCCCAGAGGCUCCCUGUCCCCUUGAAGUGUGGGCCAGCGCCAAAGCCGCCACUACAGGCAAUUCAUUUCCCUCUCUGCCUCAUCCUGCCCAUCUCAUUUGCACAGAUGGGAUUGAACACUGGAACUUCUGGGAGGAAGGGACGCUGCUGGUUUUUUGUUUUGAAUGGGGGUGGGUCGGGAAGGUGGAGCUGACAGUUGGCCACAUUCCAAGCCCUGACCUUUGGACUCAAGACGGGCCGGGCCCAGAGCUCUUCUUCCUCCCUGCUUCACUACCUGCCUGAGCUGACACCAGGAUGGCAGCUGCCCCCAGGAUGGUGAGGGGGAGUGAAGCUGCCCACUGGAAGCGACUCUAAGCUAUGAAUUGAGAGAAAAGGAGGAAACGGGCAGUCUGAAGCCACCCACCAUGAGCUGGAGUGCCCUUGAUUGUUUGCUCGCAACCCUGCCAGGGCCUCCCAAGAAAUAAAGAUCAUCGACUUGCCUGGAA